AUGUCCACCUCAAUUCCAUUAAAACCAGUAGAGUUGUGGAGACCAAAAGAUAUUUCUAAUACUGAAAUUGAAAAUUUUCGUAUUAAAGUCAAUAAAAAGUAUAAUAUUAAUCUAGAGAAUUAUCAACAAUUGUGGCAAUGGUCGGUUGAUAAUAUUCAAGAAUUUUGGGCAGAAGUAUGGGAUUAUACGAAAUUAAUUUAUUCAGUCCCUUAUCAACAGGUGUUAGAAGAUAAACCAAUGGAUCGAAUACCAGCAUGGUUUUUAGGAGCAAAACUUAAUUUUGCAGAAAAUUUGUUAUGGUGUAGAGAUAAAAACAGAGUAGCAUUAAUUUCAACAGGCGAGAAAAGAUCACCGACAAGUAUAACAUAUUAUGAAUUAUAUGUACUAGUAAACAAAUUAUCAAGAGCCUUACGUAAAAUAGGAGUAUGUAAAGGAGAUAGAGUAGGAGCAUAUAUAUCGAAUUGUAGUGAAGCGAUAAUUGCAAUGUUAGCAACUACUAGUAUAGGAGCAAUUUGGAGUAGCACUUCAACAGACUUUGGAGUUACGGGAGUAUUGGAUAGAUUUUGUCAAAUUAGUCCUAAAAUAUUAUUUUCGGUUAAUUCCAUAAUAUAUAAUGAUAAAGAACAUAAUCAUUUAGAUAAAUUAAAAAUUGUUGUAGAAAAGUUGAAGAAUGAAGGAUUAGAAAAGGUUGUGAUCAUUCCUUUCGUGGGAAAAAUUGGGGAAGAAAUUCAUGAUAUUCCAUUAGCAUCAUCUUGGGACGAGUUUAUUAUUUCACAAGGAGAAGGUGCAGUAGAGGAGAAAAUCCAAUUUGAACAAUUACCAUUUGAUCAUCCAGUUUACAUCCUAUUCAGUUCAGGUACAACGGGAAAACCGAAAUGUUUAGUACAUAGAUCCGGAUUAUUAUUACAACACAAAAAAGAACAUAUAUUACAUGGUAAUAUGAAAGAAGAUGAUGUAUUCUUUUAUUAUACUACGACUGGAUGGAUGAUGUGGAAUUGGCUAGUUGCCGGAUUAAGUGUUGGAUCCAGUAUUGUGUUGUAUGAUGGUAGUCCAUUUAAGCCAUCUCCAUCCAUACUUUGGGAAUUAACUGAAAAAUUAGGAAUUACAAUAUUUGGUACUUCAGCAAAAUAUAUACAAAGUUUAGAGGAUGUAGAAUACAAACCAAAACGACAUCAUAAUUUAAAUAAACUUCGUAUGAUAUUAUCGACAGGAUCACCUCUUAAACCAGAAAGUUUUGAUUUUGUUUAUAAAGAAAUUAAAGAUGAUUUAGUAUUGGGAAGCAUUACAGGUGGUACUGAUAUUUGUUCAUUAUUUGCCGGACAUAAUGUCUCAUUACCUGUUUAUAGAGGUGAAAUACAAUGUAUUUGUUUAGGUAUGAAAGUUGAAGCUUGGAAUGGUCAAGGUAAUCCAGUAUAUGGACAAUCAGCGGAUUUAGUGUGUACGAAACCAUUUCCAUGUAUGCCAAUAUAUUUCUGGAAUGAUACACCUUCACGCGAUCUAUACCGAUCAGCGUACUUAUCGACAUAUAGUGGAGUAUGGUAUCAUGGAGAUUUCAUAUUUAUUAAUCCUAAUACAGGUGGAGUAAUAAUGUUAGGUAGAAGUGAUGGAACAUUAAAUCCUGGUGGAGUAAGAUUUGGUAGCGCAGAAAUUUAUAAUAUAAUAGAUGAAUAUUUUAGGAAAGAUGGUAUAAUUGAUAGUUUAGUUGUUGGACAAAAAACUAAGAUGAAUAAUAAUGAAAGUGAACGAGUUGUAUUAUUUUUAAAAAUGGGUUAUAAACAAAAAUAUGAUAAAGAAUUAAUAGAAAAUAUCAAGAAAAAAAUUAAAGAUCAAUUAAGUCCCAGACAUGUUCCAACUUUUAUUUUACCCAUAGAUGAUAUUCCAUAUACUAUUAACGGUAAAAAAGUCGAACUUGCAGUAAAAAGAAUUAUUUCUGGUGAACCAGUCAUUCCUUCUGGUACUCUUGCUAACCCUGAAAGUCUUAAAUUAUAUUAUAAUAUACCUCAAUUAAAAUUAAAAUUAUAA